CCUUAUCUACUGAUUGCUUCUUUGAAUAUAUCUCUUCUGUGACCUGAUUGGGUCUCGUGACAAUCAAUAAUUUACAAAAUUAGGGCUCAAGUGAUCAAACAUAACAAAACCCAUGAAACCUUAAUCAUCAUCAUGUGUUGAUGAUAAUUCAGAAAAUUACACACAUCAACGGAGGGGCUUGAGUUGAGCUGAGCUGAUGAUCAGAAGCCAACAAUGGGCAGCAUUCCCAAUCCUUUCUCUUUGGUCUACAACAACCUCACACCAGAGCCAUCAUCAUCAGAAGUUAAUCGUGGUGCCAGAUGUACCAAACUACCCGAUGAUCCUUCCCCUUCCGCUUCGUUGUCUCGGUACAUGGAGUGCCUCCGGAACCACGGGGCUGCUAUCGGGGCUCAUAUCCUCGAUGGGUGCGGGGAGUUCAUGCCUGGUGGGGAGGAAGGCACCCCGGAGUCGUUCAAGUGCGCCGCGUGCGAGUGUCACCGUAAUUUCCACCGGAAGCUGCAGUCGGAGGUGGAAACGGGCAGCUGGGAUUUCCCUUCAUCCUUGUACAUGACCAACUACCAGAAGUACUCCUCAUUCAACCUCGGCAAGAAUGCGGGGUUCGCCCCGAGGCCACUGAUAAUGCCAUCGAUCGUCCAUCACCAUCAGCAUCCGAAGAGAUUCCCUGCGGCCCCCUUGAUGGUGGCCUUUGGUAGCAGGGCCAUCCCGGACGCUGCGGGCUCAUCAAGUGAGGAUGACCUCAAUACUGAUCGUGAUCACACGCCUAUUCCAUCGGAUGGCACGGGGCACAUACUAGAGGGGCAUCAUCAACAGUCCGGUGUGAAGAACAAGCGGUUCCGGACGAAGUUUACAAGGGAGCAGAAGGACAAGAUGGCAGAUUUUGCGGAGAAGUUGGGUUGGAAGAUCGGGAAGCAGGACGAACACGAGCUGGCGAGGUUCUGCGCCGAGGCCGGGGUGAAGAUGCAGGUCUUCAAGGUGUGGAUGCAUAAUAGCAAACAAGCCAUGAAGAGGAAGCUUCAAAUUAGUAAGGACUAGCAAGUAGUAUCCCUUUUUUUUUCCCCCCUUCUUUUUUCCCUCUAUAUAACUCGAGAAGGGGUUAGUUAGAUUGUAUGUCUCUGUAUAAUUUUAACUAUCAAGAAUCUGAAAUGUAAACUAAAAUUACUAAGGAACAUUAAUUAAUCGCAAUGACCUCAUAUGAUUUGUGACAA